CCUGUUGAAAUCUGAUAUCCAUACAUAGUAUAAUCAUCUUGAUUAUAAACAUGUGAAAGGAGUUGGGUGUCCGCUCCUACUUUUAAGCCCUCAAUAAUUUUAUUUGCCCUGAAUUAGAUACAAUUCUUGUGCAAGUAUUAAGAAUAUUGCUGCUCCCUGUCUUUCCAUUUACAAAAUUUACAAAACCAAUAACUAAAAGCUUGGUAGCUACAAAGGGCUCCCCUGUUUCCUUUGUUUUCCUGUAAGAUGGUGGUACGGGUUCUUGCUCUUUAGUUUGUUCUGUACUAUUUUGAUACAUGUACUGAAAGUAUUAAAAAUAGCUCGUGGCUGGUGGCUUUUUUGCUUUCUGAGACAUGAAGUCGGAUGUAGGUUGUUCCUGGCCUGUGUUUGGGUUGCCUCAGCUGGCAGCUCCGUCGCUGGGACUAAAAAAGGCAUAAAGGCCCUUUUCUUGGAAUCCUGACAUGGUGGAGCUCUUUUCUUACAUACCACCAGAGGAUUUUAUUAUUUGCCUGUAUGCACCAAAUAACAAGAGUGUAAAACUUCAGUUUGCGACCAGGGAGGCUAUUCUGCACUUGGUAAUAUUCAGCUGUUUGCCUUUUUUUUUUUUACAGCAUGGCUGAUGGAUAGCCUCAGGGUGCAGUUUCACAGUGGCUUGAACCCCUCUCAAGGCAGGCUGUGAUUUGAGUGAUCGCUCCUUCCUGUUGGUAUGGGUGUGUUGGCCUCACAGUGAGCUGGGCCAGGACUACCAACAGGCCUUCUCUGUUUUUUUCCCUGAGUUGGACUUCAGUUCUGGUCUUUGAUCUUUGUGACUUUGCAGCUGGAAGUACUGGUGCUGACAUAGCAGGAGCACUGGUAUGAGCAGCAGUAACAGAGCAUAGGGUUUGCUGAAGUGCUAGAUGGUGGAAACGUUACUCGGGCCAAACAGUCACCUUUGUUUUGUCUCAGUUUUUGUCUCUUUUUUUGGUGGGGAAGGGGAAACAAACCUGCCAGUCCUGUUGGAGCUGCUGGUGUCACUGUGUUAUGUAAUGCCUUUUGGUUUUGAAGGGAGAAACUUUUUCCUUGUCUGAAACCAGAGGCUUUUGGAUUUAUCAACUCAACGUGGUAAUUCCUUAUGGAGGGCAUGUAGUUCAUCCAUUCAACUUGAGUCCGUCACAAAGGAGUCACUAAUGCUGACUGUAAUGGGUUUUCUGGAAAAUGAAUCUGCGUUCUGUAUUUACUGUAGAACAACAAAGGAUAUUACAGCGUUAUUAUGAAAAUGGAAUGACAAAUCAAAGUAAAAAUUGCUUUCAGCUCAUAUUACAGUGUGCACAAGAAACUAAACUGGACUUCAGUGUAGUCAGGACGUGGGUUGGCAAUAAACGAAGGAAGAUGAGCAGCAAGAGUGCUGUAGAGUCUGGAGGCACUCCCCCAGGAACGGUCCCUGCUACUCCCUCAGUACCUCCAGAAGCAGCAGUUAAAAAUGUGGUAAACAUUGCUCGAUCCCAAAGCCAGCAGUCUUCUUGGACCUCUUCUAAUAACGAUGUAAUAGUUACUGGUAUAUACAGUCCUGCUAGUUCAUCUGGUAGGCAAGGAUCCACCAAACAAAGUGCUUCAGUGGCAGAAAUACACAAAACCUCUAUUCCACGGGUCCCAGGAAAAGGUGAUACAGAAUUUCAGCAGCAGCACAUCCCUAUAGGACGGCAAGUACCACAUUGUAAAAAUGCUUCCCUAUUAGUAGGGGAAAAGACUAUUAUUUUAUCUAGGCAAACAAGUGUACUGAAUUCUGCAAACUCCAUAUACAGUCACACUAAGAAAAGCUACAGCGGUUCGUCAGUCCAGACCGCAGAGCUGGUGUUACCUCAGAAACCCAUGAUCUGCCACAGACCCUGUAAGGCUGAGCCCGCGGGAUGUCAGAGGUUACAAAAACCGGAACAUGUCUCUCUCGCGUCACAUGUGUCGCCUGGACAGAGGGCUGGUACCAGGGACCCUUCAUGUAGCACGCAAAACCUGGAAAUCCGAGAAGUGUUUUCUCUGGCAGUUACAGAUCAACCUCAAAGAAUUGUGGGAGGCAGCGGGACACAGAAGCGUUGCCCGGUGGAAGGCAGCUGUCUGUCCAUAGCGAUGGAAACUGGAGACGCGGAUGACGAGUAUGCUAGAGAAGAAGAACUAGCAUCCAUGGGAGCACAAAUACAAAGCUAUUCAAGAUACUGUGAAAGCAGCAGCUCUGUUCGAGUAGACAACCAAAGCGCAGCCUUGUCUGGGCCAGGAAGGAAUGUGAGCUGCGGCUCACAGAUGGUGAACACCAGGGAUGUGCCUGACAGUAUGCUGUAUCAUAGCAGAGACUACCACUUGCCUGCACGGACCUCAUUACACACAACAUCCAGCACACUGUAUAACAGUGCUAAUCCAUCAAGAAGUACUUUUUCUCCUCAUUUUACAUCUUCAAGUCAACUGAGGCUGUCACAAAACCAAAAUAAUUACCAGAUUUCAGGAAACCUUACAGUGCCUUGGAUUACAGGUUGUUCCAGGAAAAGAGCAUUACAGGACCGCACACAGUUUAGUGACCGAGACUUAGCUACCCUAAAGAAAUACUGGGACAAUGGCAUGACCAGCCUGGGCUCAGUCUGCAGAGAGAAAAUUGAAGCUGUGGCUGCAGAAUUAAAUGUUGACUGUGAAAUAGUGCGGACUUGGAUUGGGAAUCGAAGACGGAAAUAUCGUUUAAUGGGGAUUGAGGUCCCACCCCCUAGAGGAGGCCCUGCUGAUUUCUCUGAUCAAUCUGAAUUUGUUUCUAAAUCAGCACUUAAUCCAGGAGAGGAAGCUGCUACCGAAGUGGGGGAUGAUAAUGAUAGGAAUGAUGAAGUAUCAAUCUGCUUAUCUGAAGGAAGCUCACAAGAAGAGACAAAUGAAGCUCUUCAGAAUGAAGAAAUCUGUCACAAAGAUGAUGACCAGAAUCCAGAACCCGCUGAUAAUGUGAAAAUAGAAAUUAUAGAUGAUGAAGAAAGUGAUAUGAUAAGUAAUUCUGAAGUGGACCAGAUGAGUUCUUUGUUGGACUAUAAGAAUGAAGAAGUCAGGUUCAUUGAGAAUGAGCUGGAGAACCACAAACAGAAGUAUUUUGAACUACAGACAUUUACUCGGAGUUUGAUACUUGCUAUUAAAUCAGAUGAUAAAGAACAGCAGCAGGCACUGCUCUCAGACUUACCUCCUGAACUAGAAGAAAUGGAUUUCAAUCAUACAUCCCCGGAGCCCGAUGAUACCUCAUUCAGUUUGUCAUCUCUAUCAGAGAAAAACGCCUCAGACAGUUUGUGAUUUAUUUUUUUUAAUUGACAGAAAAGAAACCCUGUGUAACGUGUAGGUUUCCAGAGAACAGCAUUUUGCUCUCCAUUGUUCUUCAAUCCAAAAACGGAGUGCUCAAGGUGAAGUAGACCUUCCUGAAGGACGACUGUGUACGCCAUGGCUGCAGCUUGCGGUGUCAAGGCAUUUCAAAUGUUGGUUUUGGUAAAUGAAAGAACCGUGUGAGAAAAGGUUUCGCUUUUAGCAGUUUGGCCUUGAUUAGGAUAACUUCUGACUUUCCAGAAUAACUCUUGCUCUGUAGCAAAGUCUUUCUGAGCAGGGAUCCAAGAGUGGUAAACAACGUCCUGUUAUACAGACAGAUAAUUCCUCAGAGUUGCUUGCUCACCGGUCCUCGUUAUUAUUUUUUCCCCAUUUUUACUCAGGUAGGUGGACUAAAACUUGGGGAUCCAAGUAGAAUAAUGGGCUUUUUAUGAGUUGUGCUUGAACCCCUUUGAAAAUCUGAAACAAAACUAAAGCAUUUUCCAUAUGUGACUUCAGAUUGUUGAAUCUUCCACUUGCUGACCAAAAUAGCUGAAAAAGCUUUCAAAGGAUAACUGAAAAAUUAGAAUAAUCAUCAAUAAAUUAUUAGUGUACAGAAACGAUCAUAAGUGUUGUAACAAAUUAGAUGGAUACGGGAAACCCGGUAGCUGCAAAAUGCAACUUUCUGAUGUUCUCACAGUAGCAAUGGAAUUAGAUGUUUAUGCUGCUCUUUAUGAAUGUAGGUACUGUUUUUGUCAAAGUUGAAUGCUAAAGUUCUGUUCAUUGUUUUAAGUAUUGGUUAUCUAUUUUCCAGCAGUUUUGCUCCGUUUUAUCAUGGCACUGUCCUAAAUCCACAGCUGUUGUUGCAUCCUGGGAGGUGUUUGGAACUGAGUUUUGCAGAUUUUCUAAAUGUGACCUGUUCUUGAGGUAGCCCUGUGUUUGAUGCAUUUCCUGGCAACUCCCGAGGUGCCGUUUCUAAACUGUGAGUCCAAAUGCAGGCAGUGGCUGAAGUGGGCUGCUUCUUUCCCAGCGGUCACUGACUUCGAAUCCUGGGACUCAUCUGAUUAAAUGGAUGUGCGGACACAUUCAGAUAAAAUUCAGUAGGGCAUGUAGGUGCAUGCCCGUGUGCUUGAUGCUCUAUAGCUCCUAAUCUGAAUAUCCCUCAACCAGCAGUUUUGAAACAGAUACCUUCACAGGCUGGUAAUAAGCCUGAUCUUUUGAUUUUAUGCCAAAUAAUAAUUUAAUCUGAGUCCUUAUUCAAGCAGCACAGUGAGUAAUCCCCUUCACUUCAGCAGGAGGGCCGAAGGAUAGCUUCAAAAUGAGUGCUGGGGCAAUAAUACUUUUUUUUUCCUUUUCUUUUCUUGACCUAAUAUAUUGGAAUAACUCACAGUUUUUGGGCUUUUCUCAGUCUGGUCUGUUCCUCUCUAAUAAUUUCUGCAGCUCUGUUUUUUAUUAGCAGUAGUAAGCUCUGUUCUUUCAGGUUUGUUUCUGUCUCUUUGUUGUCCUUGGGCACUGGGAGCUUUAGCAAUAUUGUUAAACGCCAGCUGUAUAAAGGGUAGGGGCAGGUUUUAGAGCUCUAUUAGAACCCAGUUCUAAAGUUCUGCUAUGUGAAUGAGUUGGUUCCCAAAAGACCUCUUACUGUCUAUCCCACAAGAGCAAGCCGUUGGGUCUGUGUUUGUGUUUGAGCACUAAAAACAAGGGUAGGAUGCCAGGAGAGGGGAGACACUGUGUGUAAGCAGAAGGUGAGGGGUAGGUUACUCCAGCCUGAGCUGGAAUGUCACAUCCGGGCUGGCAGACACGUCCUUACAGCAGAGGAGCAGCAGGAUUUUACACGCCUGUUGAAACAACCGCCCAUCUAAAAUUAAUUGAGGUUUGUGAGCAAAGAUCACAGUGCUGCCCGUCAAAUGGAAGAUAGGGCUUGACUGUAAUUCUGCUUGCUCUGAAAAAAUCAUUUAUAAAGGAUUUUCUAUACUGGGUUAACAAUGCUUUCUGUUGCUGUUCUCUCUUGAUAGGAAGUUUGUGCCACUGACAAUGAAACCUCUUGUGUUCUCUGAGCUUGCUGAAAUAAAAAAAAAAUCAGUACUGUGGCUGCCACUAUUUGGACCCUGUUUUCCUGCUGCUUCCUCUUAAAUUCCCAUGACGAAAGGCAGGACACUUCUAAGGAGAAUUCUUGAUUUCCUGGUCAGUUAAGUCAUCCACCUUCAUACUAGAAAAACUGUUGUUGAUUCAUAUUUUACUACGUCUUGGUUUUAUUUCAUAUGCCAAAUACAUGGAAGGAAGUAAUUUUGAAUUAAAUACUGUGAGAUCUUCCCAAGGAAGCUGGAAUCCUCUUUGGGAUGUGCAGCUGAAGCUCUAGCUGCCGUCAGCACCAAUGUCAUCCCUGUGGGCGUGUUCUCUGGUCAUUUUCUCUUGUGAGGUGACUAAGACAAAACACAGCAGAGCAGUCAUGUUUUCAUGCCUUGACACACUUGACAGCAUUAACGGAUAUUCAGGGAGAGUAUAAAUGACAGUCCAGUGUAACAAAAUGCUCUAUAGGAGAAUGCUGUACAGCUGCUCUGCACUUUUAACAAUAUCUGUGUGCACUUCCUGCCAUAGGUAAAAAAAAGUGUUGAUCACCAUUACUGGUAUUUUAAGUCAUUGCAGCAACAGUAGUCGUACAGUGGCUGAAGAGCAGCUUAUGAGGUCCUGUAACGUUACGCUUCACCACCCCUGAGCGUUGUGAACAUCCCCAUCCCAGCGUGGCACUGCACGCUCGCAUCACACGUGCAAUUGGUAAUUUAGGAGGGUUUUCGUUUGCAUGUGUCCCUGCCUGGCAACAGGACUUGCUGAAGGAGUUUGCAGAUUGCAUCCUGGUCCAGAAAACUCGUUUCGUCUGGGCCUUAGAACAGUGUGGGAACAUUGGGCUUGUUCGUUUGCAGCCUCUUCUCGGUAACUGUGUGACAAGCAUCCUACUGACAGGCACGGCACUCUGACAUGCAGUCACUGGGACACUCGCUUCCAGAUCAAAUCCUGGAAUGCUUCAGAUGAGGGCAAGCGAUGGGGAUGGCUCUCUGGGCCCAUGGCACAUUAGGAUUUGGGUAAUAGUUGUUGCCGCUGCCCAUAGGUUGAAGGUAAAAGCCCACCUUAAGUGUUAGUUCAUCAUUGCACAGACUUCCCAGGACAGAUGGAGCCAACCCUACGGGGCGUUCCCGUGGCGGAAAUGAGCCCCCCUUGCUGUUGUGCUGGUUUGCUCUGUGAUUCAAAUAACUGCUACAGCAGAAGUGCUGCACGUUGGGAUUUUCAUAGGCUUUCUGCAAAGGCUCUUGUUUGCUCUGUCCAUGAAAGAUGACUUCCCCAGUGUUGUUUAUUGCUCAUGCAUUUGUCAGACCAGGAAUGAUGAAGUAUGUCUUUCUAAAGAAACCAAAGUGGAAAAAAGGUAGUUCAGACACUUCAAGCAGUGCCAGGGCGCUCAUUCUCCUCAGGGAGCAAUGAAAGUCUUUGAUGCUAGCAAGCUGGCUUACACUUACGAAAGCAGUUUCCUGAAUCUGUGCCUCUCUUCGUGUCCCUGCAGACGAUGCUUCUGUCAAGUCUCUAGGUCUAACAGGAGUGAGUAAUAGUAAAUAUUCUAAUAGGUGAAAUUUUGGCAGAUUUAAAAGGACCCGCACAGAGGUACCAUACAAACGUCAAUUUUCUUGAGUGCUUGGUUCUUGAAGCAGCACGCACUUUAAUCUAUCUGAGUAUUUCUUUUUCGCUAAGGCAAUAAAAAGUCUGAAAAUGACAAGCAGGUCACAGACUUUGCAGUUCUCUGAGUGCACAAGGAAUGUGCCAGUUAUAUCUUCAUCUUCUUAAACUGGGAUGCAGCUUAGCAAGUCCAGUCACCAAACGGAGACAGUUCUCUGCUAUUGUGCCCAUACAGUGGAAAGGAUAGGAGAAAUCCACAGUAUCGUGAGCAUCUGUAUUGUGGAAAUGGCAAUUACUGCUUAAAGGUGAUCAACUCUCUGAUGUGGGACCACUGAUGCACUGCCCUGUCUGUAAUGCUGAAAAGAAACGAAGGCAUAGCACUAACUUUCCCCUAGGUACUCUAGUCGUAGCCGACUGUUGGUCUCAGGAUACUGAUGGAAUAAGGAAAGACAAUAAUAUGCAUAAAUGAAAUAGCACAGAAUAUCCGAAACAGGAAGAAAGAACUCAUAACUUGAAAUGUUACAACCAAAAGCUUCAUUUCCUACCUCCAGUCCCACUGCCUGCAUCCUUCCCAUUGGCCAAGGGUGAAAUUGUAAAGGAGUAAAACCUAGAGCAGGUGGUACCACAAAGCUGGGGUUUCCAUGGCAGGACAGGGCGUUGUUCUGCAUGAGGAGCAUUCCUGUGUCACUAAAGGCAGCAGUGACAUGUUGGUCCCAGGUGACGGACGCAAACACAGCAGAAAUUUGGGCUCACAGUGGUUCUUCUUAAAUACGUGAGCAUCCUCUUCACUAAGAGGCGCUUCAGAAUGUUCCUGUAAGGAAACUGGUUUCAGGUCAGUGCUUGGGUUCGGGUGAACGCUUGACUGUAUCACUGGGCUGAGUAAAUAAUCCUGUUCCGACUCUGUAUCACAUUUUACACACACUACCUCUGAACCAUGACACCACUCUUAAAACCACACAGAAAAUGUGAACCUAAAGCAUUUUUUAACAUUUUAUAGGCAAUAAAUUAUUUCCAGUGUACAUCCUUCAGCUUUGGUCUUGGUUUUCAGUUGAGCGCGAGAUGUUCACUUUGGUUUGCUUUACUUUAGAACUGUUCUUAUGUAUUUGUCACAUGCUCUAUGGGUAAGGAGACAAGGAUAGUAGGGAGGAAAGAUCAGCAUCUGGUGGUGGUAAAUAUUGAAGGUGCAGGAUGGGGUAGUCAGUGGGCCGGCUGUGCUGUUUGGUAAAGCUGCUGUAAGGAACGGAUGGUUUUCUUUAUUCUGGUACGAAAUGAUCAUUGUAAAGUGUCUCACUGCAUCGUAUGUUGUCAGAGAGGACAAUCAAAUAACAAGUCUCAGCAAUGUAACGGAAAGGAAUAGGGCAUUCCAUUUGCUGAGACCUAACAGUUCAUAAACGCGUUCCUCCUGUUUUCAUUUCAGCUAUUGUUUCUCUUCUCUGCGUAACAAUUUGUAUAAAGACCUCAUAGAAACAAUUCUGAUUUGCUUUUAAGCAAGUGUUAAAGUGAAUUGGCAACAAGGCAAGGUUUAAAUGUAAAUGCAAACCGUGUUUUGUAGUAAAGCUUCUUCUGAAGAGAGUCCCUACAAUUUCUCCAUCCUAUCUCUCUGGAACACGUGGGGAAGUGGCAGAAUGUACGUGCCUCUUCUGCCCAGCAGGGAGGGGAUGAGCCCCAGCGAGGCAUUCCGGUUGUGAGAAGUGAAGGUCAGGGGGCUUUAGUCAAGAAAAGGACAAUGAACUGUGAAGUUUCUGCCCCUUGGAAGACAAGAGCUUCCGCUUUAUCUUCAAAUUUUGUGACGUGCAGUUCAAAAAGUCAUUGGCAAAUCCCCUGAGUGGUGUUGGGGAAAUGUGUGUUCCCCAAUGGCAUUUCCCUGACUGGAAAUGGAAUUCCUAAGUGCGUGUGAAUACAGUGCGCACAGCGACACUCAACUCCAUCAGCACCUGAGCAGCUGCAGAGGUAUUUUCACUUGAAAUACUAUGAUAAUUCUUCUAAAAUAUAUUUUCUUUGCUCUCGUUUUUAUGUCAUUCUAAAUAUGACUGCAUAGUUUUGAAAUGUAGUCAAAUACAUCCAUACAAAGAUUGUUUAUAGUUGAAUUCCUUGCAAAACUGAUAUGUUUUAGGCUUGGAAAUUUAUUAAAAUGCCCAUAAUAACGGUACUGGUACUGGUUUGAUUAAAAAAAUAUAUAUUCUGAAAGUUUGAACAUUAUUGUCUAAGUCAGAUGAUUUCCUUCACCUACAAAACAUAAGAUAACUGACGCUCUUAGAACUUGUAUCAUUUCUUUCUGGGCCAGUUCGUGAAGCUCUGUAACCUGCGUUCAUUACCGAGUUUCUCUGUGAAAAAUCAGUAUUUAUAUUGCAUUUUUAUUAUUUGUUUGAUUAUGUGUAGCGAAGAAACUACUAUAAAUCUUAAACUGAAGUACCUCCUCGAUGGUCCAGGACGUAGGAUCUUGGCUUAUGUGAAAGAUGAAUGCCUAGCGAGAUAUUCCAUACGUUUGGAUGGUUUGGUUGUUUUUUUUCUGUAUAUAUAAGGGUAUUUAUAAUCCUGUAUUAACAGAGUCCUCAUGAGAAAUGCUUAUUUCCUUCUUUAGAAGCCUGCUCAGCUAUUUUUAUAUAAAAUGUUGGUCUUCGCCUUAAUUUUUUUUGGUGACAAGUUGUGCCAUAGAUGCAUUAACUUAUCCAGAUAGUUUGCAGGAUUUGCUCUGACUUGUCUUUAGUUAAUUAAUUUUCCCUCAGACUGUUCUGCAUUGUUUUCCCCUCCGAAUGCGUGUCAGGGUUGGUUUGCUUUCUUAAUUCUUGUUUAAGUUUUGGAAGACCCCUGCGUAUGCAUGCUUUGGUAGGACAGGUUUUCCUCUCUAGUUUAUUGUUUCUAGUUUAGCAAAGCCUUUCAUUGGAAAACAAACCUGAAGGGAAGCUUGUACAAACGUCUCUCGAGUGGCCCCGACAGCCGGGGUCAAGGGCUAUUUAGCAUUGGGAAAUUUGUCUACUAGACUCAAGGAUAUUUUUCUACGUCUGUCACGUUUGGGACUAUGGAGAAAUGAAUAAAGGUUGACUCCUUUUGCUAUA